CAGAACAAUAUCAAUUUGCCAUCCCUCAAUGUCUUGAUACUUUCAAUUGUUCCUAAUGUUUCUUUAAGUGUUUUUGUUCAUUUCAAAGGGUUUAUGACAUUAACGGACUCAGUAGCAAACUUCAGCAAUACCUAAUGCUCCUCUUUCCUCCUUUUGCCAUAUGAUUUCCCUUUUCACUGUCCGUUUCUGAGAUUUGUCUCGAAUUUUUCUUUCUUUUUUGAGUUUCUACCAAUUUCCAUUCAUUACUUGCAUUGCCUCCACUAUCCUCAUCAGCCAUUUCAUCCUCUAUUUCCGGAUCGCUUAUGGACUCUACACUACUUCCUACCAUCGUCGCCACCCACCUCUGUGUUUAAAUAUAAUUAAUAACCCUGAACAAGGAGGAAGAUGAAGUCAUGCAAAUCGAAGGAAAUACAACGCUCCGCUCACCGACACUGGAAGUGAAAAGCCUGCAACAAAAAGCUAGCAUCUGAGUAAAGAGCUAGUCAUGAGUAAACAAGUUUAACUGCGUGUGAGAACAUGUGGAGGAGCAAAAUGGCACAGGAGAAGAAAGCCGGGCUGUUAAAAAGGAUGUCGUCAUCAAAAAAGCUGCUGAAUGAGAAGGUGUUGUUGAUGUACGAUGAAAUAUUCACUAAAGUCGACCCUGCUACGGCGAACCCUCGUUCCUGUUACGAGCUGUUUGUAAUGAAGGUGAACCUGGAAUAUCUGGAAAACAAGCUGGAGGCUUUGGAUGGAGACGAAGUGAUGAUGUUUAAGGAGAACAUUAACACCUUGUUCUAUCACUGUGUACAGGCUUUGGAAGAAGAUCACCAGAUUAAAGUAGUAAACGCUCUGCAGACCCUUUGUGCGCUCUCCAGAGGUGUUCAUCACAAAAACAAAUCGGCUACCGGCUUCGAUAUAAUUAACAUGCUGGUGGGAUUCGACAAAGCUGAGAUCAGGAUGAAGGAUCUCAUGGAAUCUCGUUGGUCGGUGCUGUUUCUGUUACUGUUUUUUUAUUGUCUUUUGUGUAUUGCAUUUUUUUGUACUUUUUGUAUUGUCUUGUAACUUUAUGUCUGCACUAUUUUUUGUCCUGCACUGUCCUUUGU